AGGAAUUAACAAUGUAGGAAAAAGUCUAAGCAGCCAAAAGGAUAGCCUACUUCCCAUAAAAUAGUAUUAUCUAACAAUUUGCCACAAACACUCAUCUUACUUGGUUGGUGAGCAUACUAUACCAGCGCAAGUGGUUUCUAUCUUAUAAAAAUCACAAAAUUCUAGAAACUUAAACUACAUUCAAACUAGCUAGUCUUAUUUUGAAUUUUAAACUCUUUGACCAACUAAACUAGUUAAGACUAUAAAGUUAAUUCUGUAAAACAAACUAAUACUUUGCAUGUAAAAAUCCAAUAGUGUUAUUUAAUAUAUUUUUUAAACAUCAUAUAAAACAAAGAACGGAUAUUGUAUACUAAAUAAUUUAUUUUAAUAAAAUAAUAAUAUUGAAAGUUUUGAGAAAUUUUUCUUAAGAAUAAUUAAGAUAAGACUGAAUUGAAGUACACUUCAUAAAUAUCAACAUUUAAUUUAACAUUUAAUAAACUGUUUCUCAACAUUGUAUAUGUUUAUGGAGCUUUUAAUUAACUAAUUAAUUGUAAGUUGGAAAAUACUAGGAACGUAGAAAAUACAUGUAUUUAUUUCUGGUGGCUUGUGAGCGUUAUAUAUAUGAAACAGACAUUUGACGAAUUUCUACCGGUAGACCGGGCCAUCCUUGGCAGGUAAAGUUAGAACCACAUAGAAGAAAGAAAAGUCUUCACGGUCUUCAUCGUUUUCCUUCUUCUUUUUCCAGACACCUUCCGUUGCAUCAUUUAAAAGCACUCUUCAGUUUUUGUAAUGAGUUAAGCAAUAACAGUAGCUAAUAAUCUCUCUGGCCCGAGGCUAGAGCAUAUUGCUUAGUCUUCUCUCGCAGCCAGCUUCCUUCCUCUUCUUGAUCAGGUAACUUAAAGGAUUCCAAAUGAGGAAACAUUUAAAAAGCGAGAAAUCAAGUCCAAGACAUGGCAAAUAUAAUCACAAAUCUGGCUGGUUAGCUGGAAUGCUUCAUGCUCUUGACUUUCACAAUUGGAGAACUAAGAACCGUCCAAUCUGUUGGAAGACCCCAAGAACUCAUUCCUUGGUGCGUGAAGCUGAUGAACAAGAACCAUUUCUUGAUUCUAAAAACGAAGAUUCAAAGAUUCCAAGUUUUGUUGCGGAGGAUCCAACGAGACAACUGAAGAAGCUGAUGACAACAAAGCAAGUAAACGAGUACGUUGAUUUUCUUGAAAUCCUGAACAAGGAAGAUGUUUUUGUCAAGAUACUAAAAGAUCCAAACUCGGAGUUUGAUAAGCAAGUGCAGAUCAAGACUAGUCCAAGAGUUUUACCCAAGUCAGGCUCGUACCCUCUCUCUGGCUCUUCACGUCCCGCUAGAAUUGAGCACAAGCAGAAUGAGAAUUGGUAUGCUCCAAAGCAGAACGCUGCCGUUUUGACUUUUAAUGUGUCAACAGACGCUUCUGAGGAACACAAACCAAUCGUACCUUCUCAUGGCUCAGCUGUAAUAAAUGGAUUCAGAAAAAUCAAGAAGUUGCUCAAGAACACACUGAAAGACCGAAAGCAAAUGAAGAAGAAUGAGAAGUGUGUAGCAGUCUCAAAAUAUGAUUCUGCGGAGAGAUAUUCUCUUCUCUUGGAACAGAGUUUUAGAAGAGCAAGAGGUGGUGACUUGCGUUCCAAGAGUUUAAAAGUUUCACAUGAAGCGAAAAAGAGCGGCUUGAGAGAUGAGAAUAAACCACAAUUCUUCAGACGUGUUUCGUCACUGUCCAGCCUUGAAGUUCUUGGUUCAUUUCUUACCGAACUUCCCCGAGACAGCUCUGCAAGAAAAUCUGUAGACCUAGAUACUAACUUGGUACCCAAGAAAUCUUUAUUGUUAUCAGAGACUCUGGUAAGAACAGAGAAGGAAGAAGAAAAAAAUGAGGAGCAAGAGGAGAGAAGCCAAGAAGUAGAGACUUUACUCUCACCAGGUUUAGGUUUAAAUUCUCUAGAAAAAGAAGAUGAAGAUGUAUACUUCUGUUACGUAAAGAAGGUUCUAAAACAUUCAGGCUUCCUUGAAAACGAAUACAAGGAAGUAAAAUGGUACUCAGAGGAACAACCACUGAAUCCAUCACUGCUCUACGAACUCAACAUACAAGAAGAAGAAGAAGUGAACAAAGAGCUUCUCUUUGAUUUGGUUAACGAAGCAAUCACCGAGACUCGCAACCAAUCACACAUAUAUUUCCCUAAAACAUUCUCUUUUGCGUAUCCAAAGGGGAAACGUUUUCUUGAUGAGGUCUGGAGAAGAGUCGAGUGGAGCCUCUUAGGGCUAGGAGCUCAGGGUAGUGAUCGUUCAUUGGAUGAUAUCGUGGGAAGAGAUUUUACAAAGGGUGAUGGAUGGAUGAGUCUUAGAGGUGAAUCUGAAUGGCUGACUCUUGAGUUAGAAGAUCUCAUUUUUGAUGAACUAUUAGAUGAAAUACUCUGUGCUUAUUAGGGAUCCUUUAUUAUUUAGAUUUUUUCCCACCUUUUUUAAUAUACAUGUAAAUAUGGUGAGUGAUGCAUAUUCGAGAUUUAAUACAGUUUUGUAAUA